CCACAAUGUUUGCUUUUCAUCGGCCGCUUAGCUCUCCUCUCCAUGAGACACAAGCCUGCCUUUGGUUGUUUAUCUUCACUUCUUUUUUUUUCUCUAACGAGAUUUGGAGAGACUUUGCAUGAGUUUUUUUUUUUUUCCUUCUUUGGAGAGAGGGUGGGACUACAGUUCAGCCACCCGUCCGUCUCUGGGAUGUGAGGCUGGACGUCCUGCAGUCCGUCCACACCUGUUAUAGGCGAGGAUUCCCCCCCGGCCGGUGAAGUCAUGGGCAUCCACGGUCUCGUCUUCUGAUUGGUUCUGUGGGAUCCCAGAGCGAGCAGCCUCAGUGUUUGUUGGACUUUGGUGCCGUUGGUGGUUCCUUCAGAGGGUUCCUGCUUGUUGGGGGGCCAGGACAGAGAAAGGCAAUGUCCUCUUACUACCCCCGCACUAAGGAUGUGACACGCGCCAGGAAGUCACUCUCGGACUCCCCUCCCUCCUCUCCUUCUCCUACAGCCAAAAACUUCAGACAUGACAGAUUAUCACGGUUGGACUCCGGGGGCUCGGGGGACAGUACGACGGAGAAGCUGCUAGGCCGCGUGGGUUCGUACACCCGGAGAGAGACCAGACUCGCCUCUCAGAGCAAACCCGAGGAAGGCUCCGCAACCGGAGACUACAAGAAGAUGUAUGAGACUGCCUUAAAUGAGAACGACAAGCUCAAGUCCAGGCUGCGGGACAGCAAACAGGAGUUGGCCAAGAUCCGCUCCCAGCUGGACAAAGUCACUCAGAAACAGGACAGAAUGUCUGAGAGGCCUCCCGUACUUGAAUCAGACAAAAAGGAAAAACAAGCACUUGAGAAGAGGGUUUCUGAUAUGGAAGAAGAGUUAAAGGUCUUAGUUGAGCUCAAAUCCGAGAACCAGAGGCUAAAGGACGAGAAUGGGGCUCUAAUCCGUGUCAUCAGUAAAUUGUCCAAGUGAAAGUUUUCUAAACUGUCAAUAACCUGAAAUUAUAAUUGGACCGUUUUGCAUAAGGAACGUCAAGGAGCCAUUUUGGUCCAUUCAAGAAACACGGCACGACAAUUCCGGUUGGCGAUUGGUCAGAUUUGAAUCAAUAAGACCGCUUUUUUCCCCCUGGAGUGGCAGCUGUUUCAGUUGUGCCAGAGUAGUUAAUUACUUCCUAUACUUCACCACUAGGAAGCGACAUGUGAAUGAAGGUCCGCAGCACAAAGCCCAGUCUAUUAAGUAUUCAGCCAUCUGAUACUCAUCAAGCCUCACGUAUGUAUUUAUUAUGACAUAGUAGACCAGGGUCUAAAGAUAUUUGUAUUAUAAGGGUUUAUUCUUCUAAACCACAACCUUGGAAUGAGCUAAAGUAUAAGAAAAGGCCCAGCUGUUUUUUUUGCCUCAUGCUUACCUACCUGGUCAACAUAACAACCAACAAAACGUGGGCUUAUCCAAAGUAUAUUAUUCUUUCGAUUUUUGUUUUAUUCUAACCAUGAAGUAAUUGAAUCCUUUCAGAGUUUUGUUUUUAAAAUCCACUGUGCAAUGGUUUCUGGAGUCCAGGAGGAGCCUCGAAACUGCUGUAAUUUGUUGUUCACAGGAACAGAUGUUCUUAUUUGAAUGAGGGGUGACGUCUACAGCUUGACCACGUAUAGGAUGUGUGUAAUCCUAUACCAUCUGUUAUCAUUGUGUUGUAAAUAUUAUACAAUAUUCUGUAUAAUAUAUAGAAGUUUCAAAUAUGUAUAGGAGGACACCUGAAUUUUCUCACUUUCCUUAAUAAACUAUUAAUGGUUGACGACAUUGUCCUGAAUUAUUUCCAUA